UUCUAAUACAUUUUUCUUGCAGUUUUUUCAUCGAGCUAACAACUGACGAAUAAAUCAAGCUACAAAUAUGUUGGUGCAGCACAUUUUGAAACAAGGCCUUUUGGUUAAAAACGCCGGAGCUCUGUCGCGUGCAGCAUACCAUGGUGGUCAUCAUCAACAAACUACCUUGAAUGAUCUGCCCGUGCCAGAAGGUGAUUGGCAAGAGCAACACUCCCGCCAGAACGCCAAGUAUAAUGCGUGGUUAGUCGGUGGAGUUCUUCUCUUAGCGGGCACCAUUGGUUUCGUUAAGACGUCUGGAGUUAUCGAAUUCAACAGCAAAGCACCAGAAUCGCUUGACUAGAGAGUUAUAUAGCCUAAUUCCAUGUAAUAUGUGACUUUUAAUAGGCGUGCAUUAAAAUAAGGCUAAUGUAACCGACGAAGAGUUGCUUAAGUGAAAACCAUAAUGUUGAGAAAAAAUAAAAGUCAAUGUGAUGUGUAAAAAA